GGGUUAUUCUUAUUCAUCUUUCUUUAUCAUUCAUUCAUUCAUUAUAAUAAAAUCUAAAGAAAGAAGCAAGGCAGCUAAAGAAAGAAGAGGAGGAUGUUGCUGGCUGUAUUAAUCGCAAAUUCUGAAGGCAAUAUUCUUGUUGAACGUUUUAAUGGUGUUCCGGGCGAGGAACGACUGCAUUGGCGAUCAUUUUUAGUCAAACUUGGAGCAGAUAACCUUAAAGGUGUUAAGAGUGAAGAACUUCUUGUCGCAUGCCACAAGUCUGUAUAUAUCGUGUACACUGUGCUUGGAGAUGUCAGCAUCUUUCUUGUUGGUAAAGAUGAGUAUGAUGAACUUGCUUUGUCAGAAGCAAUUUUUGUUAUUACCUCAGCCAUAAAGGAUGUAUGUGGGAAGCCUCCGACAGAGCGCCUUUUCUUGGACAAGUAUGGUAGGAUAUGCUUGUGCCUCGAUGAGAUUGUGUGGAAGGGGCUGUUGGAGAACACAGACAAGGAUAGAAUCAAAAGGCUGAUAAGGUUGAAGCCUCCAACUGAGUUUUGAUGAAAGAAAUCAAAAGGCUGUACGAGAUGUAUCGGCUCUUCUCAAAUUUUGCUGAUUCAGUGUAUGAAAAGGCAAUGCGAUGUAAACUAACAAAACCUCAAAGCCUUGCUGGAGCUGAUUAUUGUUGGUUUUGAUUUAGAUGUUUUAAAGCUGGUUCUUCCAGUCUACCCAAAAUCGGAACCGAAUUAAUUUUAUUUUGCCCAAAGUUUAAAUUAUGCUACUUUAGAUUUGUAUUAACCUGAAUAUGUAUUGACCAAAUGAUAGAAAAUGCUAUAACAGUAAACAGUUUGAAAUUUGAA